AACUCCUAGUGGUUGGGAGUAAUCUGGAGUUGAAUGUGACAGUAACCGUGAAAAAUCAGGGGGAAGAUUCGUAUCGGACGAUGGUUACCUUCUUCUAUCCCCCAGGAUUGUCCUAUCGACGAGUGUCACUGACCCAGAACUGGCGUCCUCAACGAUCUAUGCGUCUUGCAUGUGAGGCGGCAGUGCCAGAGAACAAGACCCUGAAGAGUACCAGCUGCAGCAUCAAUCACCCCAUCUUCCAGGAAGGAGCUGAGGUCACUUUUGUAGCAACGUUUGAUAUCUCUCCCACUGCCACCCUUGGAGCCAAGGUGCUUAUGAAGGCCAAAGUGAGCAGUGAAAAUAGCACACCCAAGUCCCACAAGACCACCUUCGAACUAGAGGUACCAGUCAAGUAUGCUGUCUACGUGGUGAUCAGCAGCAAGGAAGAAUCCACUAAGUACUUAAAUUUUUCUGCUUCCGAGGAGAAGAAAAGCCAAGAGGUCAAGCACAGAUACCAAGUGAACAAUCUCAGUAAGCAGGAUCUGCCUAGCAGCAUUAACUUCUGGGUCCCUGUGGAGCUAAAUAGGAUGACUGUGUGGGAUGUAACCACAGUCGAGUCCCCCCAGAAGAUCCCACUUCCAUGUGUCUCAGAGAGGAGCUCUCCAAAUCAUUCUGACUUCCGGACCCAGAUUCAGACGAGCUCUGUGCUGGACUGUUCCAUUGCGGUUUGCCUCAAAAUCAAAUGUGAUAUCUCCUCUUUGGGUGUCCAAGAAGAGCUUGACUUCACUCUAAAAGGCAACCUUAGCUUUUUCUGGGUGAGCCAAACCCUGAAGAAGAAGUGGCUGGUCAAAAGUUCAGCGGAAAUCAUUUUUAAUGAAUCCGUAUAUUCCCAACUUCAAGGACAAGAGGCCUUUUUGAAAUCCCAGAUAGAAACAACCCUGGAGGAAUAUGAAAUCCACAACCCCAUCCCCCUUAUUGCUGGCAGCACUGUGGGGGGACUUCUGCUGCUGCUGCUCAUAACAGCUGGUCUCUUCCGGCUUGGCUUCUUCAAACGUCACUACAAAGAAAUGAUUGAGGAAAACAUCCAGAGUACCCAUUUCAGCAAUGAAGAUUCCAACUCCUUGACAGAUGAUUUGACUGCCCCAAAGUAACUGUUUCUCCUGUUGCUCAGUCUUCCCACAUGAGGGCUACGUGGGUAAUCUUAGCAGAGAUGCCACCCAUGUAGGGUAAUUUUGUUUUCCUGUUAUGUGCUAUCACUUUCCCCAGUAAGUAGUAGAAAUUUUGCAUUUUACACACGUCUAUCAGUCUUUACAAAGAAGGAAACUAGUUAAAACUCGCUGUAUGCAAAUAGCAGCUGGCUUCCAUGUUUGUUCUUGCCAUAUUAAAUGAGAAUGUGAAAUGUG